AUGCGCCACGUGGUUCCCAGCCACGUGAUUCCCAGAUACGUGAUUUCCAGAUACGUGGUUUCCAGAUACGUGGUUUCCAGAUACGUGGUUUCCAGAUACGUGGUUUCCAGAUACGUGGUUUCCAGGGUGGAAGCAGCGACGGGGCUGGUGUUCCGGUUCAUCAUCGGGCACGGCAGGAGCGCAGUGGACGAGCAGCUGUUGCAGGCGGAGAACAGCACUCACAGGGACUUCCUUCGCAUCGACGUGGAUGAGGCUUACCUGAAUCUCAACCACAAAACUCUCGUGUACUUCACGACUCUCUUCAAGCUCUAUGAAGCGGAAUUCUACGUCAAGGCAGACGAUGACAUCUACUUGAGACCAGACCGGCUCUCUUCUCUCAUCGCCAGGCCAAGGAAGUCACCUCGAACCUACCUUGGGUGCUUGAAGAAGGGAGCUGUGUUCACUAACCCCAAAAUGAAGUGGUUUGAGCCCAAGUCAUGGCUGGUGGGGUCGGAGUAUUUCCUGCAUGCCUACGGCCCCAUCUACUCCCUCUCCUACGACGUCGUCAACAUUCUCAACUCCAUUCCCAAGGGCAGGCUGAGGAUGUUCUUGAACGAGGAUGUGACUGUGGGGGCGUGGAUGCUGGCAUUCGAUGUAUCGCACGAGAUGAGCUGGCCGCUCUGCCAAAAUAAUUGCACGCCCACUGCUGUGGCCGUUUGGGACAUGCCCACCUGUGCCGGCCUUUGCCACCCUGAUGUGCAAAUGAAGCAGCUACACCAAAACCCUGCCUGCUCUGGGAAAGAAGCAGUUUAA